UUGUUUGAAAAAUUAAAUAAAGAAAUUACGACAGUUAUAUACGUAAUUCCUCUACAGAUUUCAACGCUCAUCGUUACGAUAGAAGCGGUUACGGUGAAUCCAUCACUUUGUCCAACGAAUAAAAUAGCACCACAUCGGAGGGCAGUCGCCGGAAAAUAUGGCACUGGACGUACUUUCGGAGCUUUCUAUGAUUUACUGGCACCAGAUGGUUUACAAGCGGGUGGGUCUAGCAAUCUACAAGAGCAGCCCCAAGCAGAUGAUCCGGAUGAUUGCGGGGAGAUAGAUGAUUACGACGAAAAUGAUGUCGGUUCCGCAGCGACACAAUCUGGAAGAAGGCAAGGGAACUUAGACAACAGAUUCUUCUUAGGGAAUUUCUUCAACUUCUUAAGACCAACCACGGGUUAUGGUUUUUCAACAUCGCAGAGACCUAUAUCGGUUUAUCCCGGAAGACCUACUAGUAGGCCUACGCAAUCACCCUACUGGUCAGGUGGUUUGUUCGGUAGUAAUGCUUACCGUCCACCGUUGCAUCUUAACCCAUCAGAUUACGUCAAACCUGUUCACGAAGAUGGACAAGAAAUAUAUAUGACAUACCGACCAGGUGUAGUGGGUGGCCCACUGGGUCAUGUAGUUGGGGUCACACAAGUAACACCCACGAACAGGCCGCCAGAAACAUCAUCACAACUCAAUUCUAAAUAUAUAAAUAGUAUCCAUUUCUCGAUGCUAUCUACCAAAGCACCGACAAACUCCCAUAGACGACCGAGACACCGAAAGAUUAAUGACGCCAACAACGGUAUAUUUGGGUCAUUCAUUGAUUUGUUCUUAAAAUAA